AUGGCUCCAUCCCUGCUCCUGCUGCUCCUCGGGCUGCUCCCCCGGGCUUUUCCGCGGCUGGAUACUAGCAUCUUCUUAAUAUAUAAUGAAGAUCACAAACGCUGUGUACUGGCUCAAAGUACUAAUUCAGUGACUACUGCUCCUUGCAUUCAAGAAAAUGAGUCACAAAAAUUCAGGUGGGUCUCAGAUCACCAGCUUAUGAGCAUAGCAUUCAAAUUAUGCUUGGGAGUGCCUUCGAAGAAAGACUGGGUUCCGGUCACUCUGUAUCCUUGUGACAAGGCUAGUGAACUCCAGCGAUGGGAAUGCAGAAAUGAGACUCUCUUUGCAAUCCAAGGGGAAGAUUUGUUUUUCAACUAUGGAAACAAACAGGAAAGGAAUAUUAUGCUGUACAAGGGAUCUGGUUUAUGGAGUAGGUGGAAAGUCUACGGAACCACAGACGAUCUGUGUUCUCGAGGCUAUGAAGAUACCUACACAGUGAAAGGAAAUGCCAAUGGAGCCCCUUGUGUAUUUCCUUUUAAGUUUGGUGGUAAAUGGUAUGCUGACUGCACAGAUGCUGGCAGAUCAGAUGGCUGGUUCUGGUGUGGAACCACUUCAGACUAUGAUGUUGACAAGAAGUAUGGAUUUUGCCCAAUGAAAUUUGCUAGUAAUGAACUGUGGAACACAGACCCUUUAACAAAUGUCCAGUACCAGAUAAACUCUGAGACAGCUCUGAAAUGGCAUCAGGCAAGAAAAAGCUGUCAGCAGCAGAAGGCAGAGUUAUUAAGCAUCACAGAGUUGCAUGAACAAACAUACCUGACAGGUCUGACUCGCACACUGAGUUCAGCUCUCUGGUUUGGUCUUAACAGUUUGAAUUUCAACAGUGGAUGGCAAUGGGUUGGUGGUGCUCCUUUUCGGUACUUAAACUGGGUUCCAGGUCAUCCUUCUCCAGAACCUGGAAAAAUCUGUGGCGCAUUGAAUCCUGGCAAAGGUGCUAAGUGGGAGAACUGGGAAUGUGAUAAGAAACUUGGCUAUAUUUGUAAAAGAGGAAAUGCUACCUUAGAAUCUUUCAUUAUUCCUAGAGAGACUAAUGUGCCUGUUAGGUGUCCUGAUCAAUGGAUGUCAUAUGCUGGUCACUGUUACAUAAUUCAUAGGGACCCCAAAAUGUGGAAAGGUGCCUUAACAUCUUGCAGGAAAGAGGAUGGAGAUCUGGCAAGCAUCCAUAAUAUUGAAGAAUACAGCUUUGUUAUUUCUCAACUUGGGUACCAGCCAUCUGAUGAGCUGUGGAUCGGGUUGAAUGACCUCAAGGUUCAGAUGUAUUUUGAAUGGAGUGAUGGAACACCUGUCACCUACACUAAGUGGCUUCGUGGAGAACCCACACAUGCAAACAACAGGCAAGAGGACUGUGUCGUUAUGAAGGGAAAGGAUGGAUUUUGGGCAGACCAUUCUUGUGAAAAGAAAAUUGGCUACAUCUGUAAAAGGAAACCUAUGUCAGAUGCUCCUAUAGAAGAGGAAACUAUUGGCAUGGGCUGCCAGAGAGGCUGGAAAAGACAUGGUUUUUAUUGCUACUUAAUUGGAAAUACAUUUGUAACAUUUUCUCAAGCAAAUCAAACCUGUGGAAAGCAUCAGGCUUUUUUAGCAACUGUUGAAGACAGAUAUGAACAAGCCUAUCUGACCAGUCUGGUUGGGCUGAGAAGAGAAAAAUACUUUUGGAUUGGACUUUCAGAUGUAGAAGAAAAGGGAACGUUCAAGUGGGCUAAUGGUGAAUCUGUCUUAUUUACACACUGGAAUUCUGAAAUGCCUGGAAGAAAGCCAGGCUGUGUUGCCAUGAGGACUGGAAUAGCAGGUGGAUUAUGGGAUGUAAUAAAAUGUGAAGAAAAGGCAAAGUUCAUAUGCAAGGUGUGGGCAGAAGGAGUGACACCUCCACCUGUUCCCACAACAACUCCUAUUCCCCAGUGUCCAGAGGGCUGGGACUCAAGCAAUCGUAUUAGCUUCUGUUUCAAACCUUUUUCCAGAGCAGAGCACAAGAAGACCUGGCUGGAAUCACAGGAAUUUUGCCGCUCCAUAGGAGGAGAUCUGGCCUCCAUUAAUGGCAAAGAUGAGCAGUACGUGAUCUGGCGCUCCAUCGCAAACAAUGGCUAUUACCACCAGAAUUUCUGGAUGGGUUUAUAUUACUUGAAUCCUGAUGAUGGCUUUGCUUGGAGUGAUGGAUCUCCAGUGAGGUAUGAAAACUGGGGCUUUGGAGAACCAAAUAAUUAUCAAGGAGUUGAACUUUGUACAGAGAUCAGUGGUGAUUCCAGCAUGCUUUGGAAUGACAGACACUGUGAUUAUAUGUAUGGAUGGAUUUGCCAAAUAAGAAAAGGGGCAAGUGUGAAGCCUGAACCAACAGAAUCUCCUGCACCUGAAUACAGGACUACUGAGGAUGGAUGGAUUAUCCAUGAGGACAAACAGUACUAUUUCAGCACGGAGACUGCUCCUAUGGAAGAGGGUCGUGAGUUCUGCAAAAAGAACUUUGGAGACCUUUCUGUCAUUGAGAGUGAAAGUGAAAGAAAGUUCCUGUGGCGAUAUAUAUUGAAAAAUGGCAAAGAGGAUGCAUAUUUCAUUGGUUUACAACUGAGUAUUGACCAACGUACAAGCUGGGUGGAUGGCACUCCAGUGGAUUAUUUGGCAUGGGCACCACAUGAACCAAACUUUGCAAAUAAUGACGAAAACUGUGUAGUUAUGUAUAAGAAUUUAGGAUUUUGGAAUGAUAUAAACUGUGGCUAUCCAAAUCCCUACAUAUGUGAAAGGCACAACAGUUCCGUUAAUUCCACUGUUCCUCCAACAACAUUUUCAACUCCAAGAGGAUGUCGUCCAACUUGGCUUUCUUUUCGUAAUAAGUGUUACAAAAUAUUUGGAUCUACAGAAGAGGAACGUGUUACUUGGCAUGCUGCACGAACAGCUUGCAUGAAUUUAGGAGGAAACCUGGCCUCGAUCCCUAAUGAACAAGUGCAAGCUUUUCUUACCUUCCAUUUAAAAGAUUUUGCCACUGAGACAUGGAUUGGAUUAAAUGAUAUAAAUCAUGAAAUGAGGUUCCUCUGGACAGAUGGAACAGGGGUUUACUUUACAAACUGGGCCAAAGGUUUCCCAUCAGGACAUAUGGAUUUAUAUGCAUAUAGUGGCAAGGCUGAUUGUGUUGCCAUGAAAAACAAACCUGUUAAGGAAGCAGGGAAGUGGGCUGAUCAGAGUUGUGAUAACAGCCGAGGAUAUAUAUGCCAAAUUAAUGCAGAUGCUGAAUUUCUGCCUUCUACAACUUCAUCACUGUCCAACAUUAUCCGUUAUGGGAAUAGUAGUUAUUUGUUCAUCCAUACCAAAAUGACAUGGGAGGAUGCAUGGAAAAACUGCAAACAAAAUCAAUUUGACCUUUCCAGUGUCUUAGACCCCUACAGUCAUUCAUUCCUGUGGCUGAAGAUAUUAAAGUAUGGGGUGCCUGUGUGGAUUGGUCUCAACAGUAAUGUGACCAAUGGGCGUUAUGAAUGGAUUGAUAACUGGAGAAUGAAGUACACAAAAUGGGGUGAAGGGGAGCCAAAGCAAAAAAUAGGCUGUGUCUAUCUUGACAUUACUGGAGUCUGGAAGACAGGAUUCUGCAAUGAAAGUUAUUUCUCUGUUUGCAAAAAGUCUGAUGUUCAAGCUCCCACUGAGCCCCCUCAGCUUCCAGGAAAGUGUCCUGAAUCAGAAGGUCACAGGUCUUGGAUCCCUUUUCGAGGUCAUUGCUACUACAUUGAAUCUUCAUCUUCAAGAAACUGGGCCCAGGCAUCUUUAGAAUGUCUUCGACUAGGUGCCUCUUUGGUCUCAAUUGAAGACUCAGCUGAAUCCAGCUUUCUGACCUACAACCUUGAACCACUUGAAGGGAAAACAUCAACGUUUUGGACAGGAAUGUACAGAAAUGUGGAUGGACAAUGGUUGUGGCUAGACAGCACUACAGUGAAUUUUGUCAACUGGAAUGUAGGAGAACCUUCUUCUCAACAAAAUGAGCACUGCGUUGAAAUGUAUGCAGACUCUGGGUAUUGGAAUAAUUUCUACUGCUCUUCCUACAAAGGAUAUAUUUGUAAAAAGCCAAAAACAACUGAAAUGCCAGCAGCAUCUGAAAUGCCACCCGCUGAAAUACCUACAAUGGCAAUGACAAAAGAUGAGAAGGCUUCUACCCUAAAUCACAGCAAAACAGGAGUUAUAGUUAUUGUUGGUGUCAUCAUCCUAGUUGGAAGUGGCCUUGCAGGAUAUCUCUUCUACAAAAGAAGAAAGAAUUGCUUACCAGCAAAUGACAGCUUUGAGAAUAAUUUGUAUUUUAAUGGUGAUGCAGUUCCUGGAAUUAGUGACACAAAGGAUCUUGUGACCAACAUAGAACAGAAUGAACAUGCAACAUUGUAA